CAUGUCCCAUAGUUCCGUGUUGUCUAGUUGACUACUACUUCCUGCUGCCUUGCGCAAGCUCAAAUCGUUGUAGAAUGCGGAUUUCGAAGCUAUUAAGAAUAGCUAGCCAGUAAGCUAAAAACAAAGUUCUUGUUGUUAGGAUUUAGACGGGGAAAUGUCUAAAACACAUUCACAGCCUCCGUCAUCUUCGGCAGCGACGGUUACCGGGGGGCCCUCCUCGUCCUCCUCGUCUUCGCCCGCAGGGGGCUCGACAUCUCCCGCAACCGUGUUGAACGUACAGCCAGAGAAACCUCAACAUUACACAUAUCUGAAGGAGUUCAGAACUGAGCAGUGUCCCCUGUUUGUACAGCAUAAAUGCACACAGCACAGGCCCUUCUCCUGUUUCCACUGGCACUUUCUGAACCAGCGUCGCCGCAGGCCCAUCCGCAGACGGGAUGGGACAUUCAACUACAGCCCAGAUGUUUACUGUACCAAAUAUGAUGAGGGGACAGGCACCUGCCCUGAUGGAGAUGAAUGCCCAUUUCUACAUCGGACGGCAGGUGACACAGAGCGCAGAUACCACCUCCGCUACUAUAAAACAGGGUCAUGUAUCCAUGAGACUGAUGCAAAAGGCCACUGCAGCAAAAAUGGCUCCCACUGUGCCUUUGCACAUGGAUCACACGACCUGCGUAGCCCUGUCUAUGAUAUCAGAGAGGUGCAGGUGAUGGAGUCUCAGGGAGGCUCAGGGCCCUCAGAGGGAGGUGGAGGGGACGGGCAGUCAGGACAGGCAGCAAGCACUGCCCUCAUAGAGAAGAUCCUGAGUGAGGAACCACGCUGGCAAGAUAACAACUAUGUACUAUCCCACUACAAGACAGAGCUCUGUAAGAAACCACCUCGUCUGUGCCGUCAAGGUUAUGCUUGUCCUUAUUACCACAACAGCAAAGACAGGAGGCGCAGCCCGCACAAGCACAAAUACAGAGCAUUGCCAUGUCCAGCUGUUAAACAGAGUGAGGAAUGGGGAGAUCCCAGUAAAUGUGAGGGAGCAGAGGGAUGUCAGUAUUGUCACACAAGAACAGAACAACAGUUCCACCCAGAGAUCUAUAAAUCCACAAAGUGUAAUGACAUGCAGCAGUGUGGCAGCUGUCCUAGAGGGCCCUUCUGUGCCUUCGCUCAUGUUGAAAAGCCCUUUGUUCCAGAAGAGCCACCGUUCCCCACCCCCAGCUCCCCUCCAGCCCCAAGACCUCCAGACCCUCUUCCUUCCCAGGAGCCCUCCUCAAGUCCCAGCAGACACAACAUGGGGCUGGCGCCUGGUUCUGUUUCAGACCCCUUCUCCUUGUCUGGAGGGUCAUGUGUAGCAGAGCAGGGGCUGCUGGGUAGCGUUUUGUCCUUGUGUGAGGAUGUAAGUGGAGGAGCCGAACCUCUGUCUCCUUGGGCAGGAGAGGGAGGGUAUGGCAGGGCACCUGGAUUUGAGAGGGAGGAUCAGGCCAAACAAAGGAGUUUUGCUUUAGAGCAGCGACACCGAGAAUUGGCAUCAGGGCAAAGCAAACAGGACCUGCUGGUGUUUCUGCCAGUGGGCAGUCCUUUGAGUCUGUCCUCCAGCAUCCCCUCCAGUCUGGCCGCCACGCCGCCCAGCCCCGCCCCUCUCGGACCACUGGGAUCUGGCAUCUCCUCAGGGAUGAAUGCUAACGCCCUGCCCUUUUACCCCACCAGCGAGACAGUGGAGUCUGUUGUAGAAUCUGCUCUGGAUGAUCUGGACCUGAAUGAUUUUGGUGUGUCAGCCUUGGAGAGGAGCUUGGAGAGCAGCUCUGCUCUGCCCAGUGUGGGAGUUAUGCUGGGAGGUAGUCAGCUUCAGAGUUCUGCCCCAGUCAACAUCCCGGGAUCCUUUAGCAGCUCUGCUCCUUUCAGCUCCCCUUCGCCAUCUCCUCCCAUCAGGCCACACGCAUCACCGUUCUUUUCUGCUCACCUGUCACAAACUGGUCAGCCAGAGAGCACCUUCCUGGGGCCAUCUCACAGCUCAUUAGGUCUGAAUGGUAUGAGCACUAACAUCUGGGAGCACUUCCCGUCAGCCCAGGGUUCCCCUGGUACACCCCCUGCCCUGCUGCCUUCCGGCCCCUGUGCAGAGACUGCCAGGCUCAAACAGGAGCUGGAGGAAGCUCAUAGGACACUGAAGCAGUGGGGUCACAGCUGGAGACACACAGCUCAGUCGUGGGCUGCACUAAAGGCAGAUACAGAGGAGUCACGUGCCCAUGCAACACGAUUAGCCAUGGAGGCGGAGAGAGCCAGGCAGGCUGAGGAGGCAGCGCAGAGGCAGGCUACUCUUCUGCAGGAGGCGCUGGAGAGUUUAAGAAGUGGAGACAACCCCCAUCUAGAACUGCACCAACUCCAGCUACUACACAGACUGCCCUUGGAGUCGAUCCUCAGUUUGCAGGCUCAGCUUUGUGGCUGUUUACAAGCUGUAGAGCAGGUGGUGUACAGGAAGCAGAGACAAUGCUGUGUGACAUGUGGCGAGCAGGGCUCGGUGUCGCUGCCCUGUGGCCACGGACUGCAGUGCGAGAGCUGCUCCACGUCCACAGAGUGCCCGCUCUGCCCUGAACAAAUCCUGGAGCAGCAGCUCUCUUGACCUCACAGCCCAGUCAGACCACUACAGAUUCCAGACCAGUCAGUUCUGAUUCCACAUAUACCAGCCUUGGAUUUCCACCUGCUAUUCAAAAUUAUGUCAAGGUUGUUUUUAUUAUAUUGUGGUAACACCACGAGCACUGAUCUGGUUUUGUAUUUUUAGGUGACGUUUACUAAUAGAUGGCCAAGCUCAUAAUGUGGAAUUUAGGAUUAAUAAUCUUUCCAGUGUUACCCAUGGGACACCAGUACAUUUUUACUAGUUAUUGCUCUUGACCAGCAACACUGUUCUUUACCCAUGUUCUUGAUUUGUGAAAGCAACUCCAAGACCUGCUCUUAUGUCUUUGGUAAUCCUAAUUCUGAAACAUAUACAUCCACAGUUCAAAAUCAUAUGUGAUGUUUUAAAGCAGAAGCUCCCUGUAAAGAAACUCACAUUAUAAGUACUGUCCCUCCAUUUGGAUAGUUUCACUGGGAUUUGCUGAGGUUUAAACACUGAACUCAAAGCUCCAAAACAUUUCAUAUACAAGUUGAACAGUUACUCAUGAUAAUCUACAUUUCUCAAACCAGAAUCCACAUUCAAGGACAUUUUCUGCUGAGGUACUCCAACUGUAUACAUUACAUGGAAUGAAGUAUACCAGUACUUAUGAAGGAAAUGAAUAUGCACCUCAGAUGUGAGCGUAAAACUACAAUGGGCUUCCUGACUAGGUUGGCCUUGGUGGCCUGGUAGUAUCACGCUGGCUCGUUGUUCUGUGUGUUUACAUCCAAUUAUCAUGAGUAACUGUGUUUUAAUCUGUGAAAAGAGGCUGAUGUAGUUGUGUUGCGUGACAGCAAAGAACCCAAAACUGUCUAAAUGGAUGGAUGACAGUUCCAGAUUUGGCAGUUUUAUGUAGAUUUAUUAGGGUGAUGAGCCAUCUUCACAAAAUGAACUGGUCUGACUGAAGAUGGUUAAAGGGCAUAUUCAGUUUCAUCCAGACAAUAAUCUAGUAUUGCUACAGCCAAAGGGGGAGGAUUGUCAUACCAAUCUGCUGGUAGUGCUUCUUUAGAUUAAAUUUGUUCUUUUUCUUAUUUUCAUAGUUUUUUUUUUAGUAAAAAUUUUAAAUUGUCAAAUACUGUUGCAUAAAAAUGGAAAACAUGUAAAAAAUUUGUACUAUUUGUUUCCAAGCUCUCAGGUUUUCUCUAAUAUUCUUCUACAUAAACUGGAAGAGGAACGCAUGUUAACACAAUCAAGGCAACAGUACUAAGUCAACUUGUGUAGUCUUUGAAAUUACAUUUUUAAUUUUCACAGAAACACUGUUGAUAUAACUCAAAAAUACAGUUUUUGUUAAAACCGACCCUAUUGCUAUGUUUAAAAUCAAUGUGACAGAUUUCUCUGCCAA